UGCUUCUCCGAAAUUUGAAAAACAUUCCCAAUUUUUCUCCGCUCCUUCGUUUUACCAUAAACCCUAGAACCCCAAAAUCCUUCCUCACAAAAUCCCUGAACCCCAAAUCUCAUCCAAAUACAGAGAGAUGAUGAGAGGAACAGGAAGAGGAGGAAGAGGCGGAGGAGGAAGAAGACCAAAAAUCGAACCAGCACCACCGCCACCACAACAACAACACAGACCAUCAAUUAUCAGCUACAACACCAACCCUAGAGAUUCCGAUGCAAGUUUCUCAAGCAUCAACAACGGAAAUCACCGCCGCACUGGUUCCUCCACCGGUGGUCGCAACUAUGAUUUACCGAUUAAUGAUAAACGAUUUCAAAAUCAAGCCCUAAAGCGCAUAAAUGCUUAUCUCUUAUCUCAUUCAACUUCAAUUUAUCUCAAACCACCACUUCCUUCGGCUAAAGAUAUCACUGAUUGUAUUCGAUUCCUCUUCCUUCGUCUCAGUUAUACUGAUUCGGCUUCGGAUUUGACAGUCAAAAUCGAUGAAGAUCUUCCAAUUUUAUUGGAUUUUAUGAGUUGUCCUUUUAAGAUUACUAAAUCGGCUUUGAAAGCACCAGGUACUCCUCAUUCUUGGCCUAAUUUAUGUGCUGUGAUUCAUUGGUUGGUUGAAAUUUGUGUUUAUAGUGAUCAUGUUAAUUCGUCGAAUUCGACUUCGACAUCCACUGGUAUGAGAUGUAAUAAAUUGCUUGAUUAUGCGUUGAGAAGUUAUGAGCAUUUUAUUGCUGGUGAUGAUGAUUUGGUUGAUCAAUUGGAUAAUGAGUUUAGAGAGAAAUUGGAGUUGGAGAGAGGAUCUGUUGAGAAUACGGUGAAAGAAUUGCAGGAUGAGAUUGUUUCUCUUGAGAGGAAAAUUGAGGGGUUGAGGUCGAAGCCGUCGGCUAGAGACGCUCUUGAGAAGGAGAAAGCAAUGUUGGAAGAUGAUGUUAAGAAAUUUAAUGUGAUUAUUAAUGGGCUUAGUAGUGGAAUUGAAACGUUGGAGAAUGGAAUUAAGGAAAAAGAGAAGGAAUUGGAGGCCAAGUAUGUAGAACAUCGGAGAAUUUGUGAGGAGAAUGAGGAGUUGAAGAAGACUAUUGAUGCACAGACGGUGAAUAUGAGAGAUGCAGAUAGGAUGAAGAGGGAGUUACACGCUGUUGAGAGAGAUAUUGCAGAGGCUGAGGAGGCUAAAAAUAUGUGGGAAGAGAAGUCGUGGGAUCUUGACUCAAAGAUUAGUUACACGUUCAAGGAGCUUGUGAAUCUCUCUAUCGAAUGCAAUCAGGCUAUCAGGAGGUUAAAGCUUGAAAAUGAAUUCCAGUAUGUGCUAAAUCCCAAAGGAUCCACUCCUGCGGAUGUCAUGGGGAUUGACUACAAAACUCUCAAAGUUGCACUCACUGCUUUAACGGACGACAUUAAAAAGAACUCUGUUGCAAAGUUGGAGGAGCAGAUUUCCCUGCAACAACAGUGGACUGAAAAUUCUAUGAAACUUGAGGCUAAAAGAAUUCUCCUUGCAGAGCUUCAGUCCAAGAUCGACGCGCUGGAAUCCCAGCUAAGCAUGAUGAAGAAGGAAACAGAAGAGUUCACGAUGAAGUGUAAUAUGGAAGGUAAAAGAAUGAUAGAAGAUUUUGAAAGAGAGACACAUAAUGUCGAGAUUAUGGAAAAAGAAGCUGAAGAAUAUGUGAAGCUCUCGAACUUGAAGUUAGAAGAAACUAUUAAACAACAAGAAGAAGAAAUCCAGGCAUGUGCUCGUGAAUUGCUGGCGCUUGUCGAUUCUGUUUCAAAGUACAAAGAGUCUAUGGAGUCGAUAAUUUCAGAAAUGAAGACAGGUCUUUCUGAAACUGCUGAAGCUGUAGAAACUUCUUUCAGAGGUUCAUUACCAGCUAAUUUUGAUACCUUCAGUGACCUAGUCAACCUACAAUGACAAGGAUAUUGGGGCGUUCUGUAGCUUUAGGCACUAAUUAUUAGUUGAAUAGUCAAGUCUGUAUGGGUUAACAUGCUUUUGUACAAGUUUUCUUUAUGUUUUGGACCUCUGGACAUGUCAACUUCUUUCCAUCAAGCAGAUGUCAUUCCUGUUGCAUUACAUGAUUGACUUCCCUCUUUUUA